AUUCGCUGCGGGCCGCGGCCGCUGCCGGUGCCGAGGUCGCCGUGGGCCGGCAGCGGAGCAGCGCGGCGGGAUGGCGGCGGGCGGGUACGGGCGGUACCGCGCCGUGAUCUUCACGGCCAUGUUCGCUGGGUACACGCUCUAUUACUUCAACCGCAAAACCUUCUCGUUCGUCAUGCCCGCCGUCAUGGCCGAGGUGCCGCUGGGGAAGGACGAGCUGGGUCUCAUCACCAGCAGCCAGUCCGCGGCGUACGCCAUCAGCAAGUUCGUCAGCGGCGUCCUGUCGGACCGGGCGAGCGCCCGCUGGCUGUUCUGCUGCGGGCUCCUCAUGGUGGGCUUGGUCAACGUGGCCUUCUCCUGGAGCUCCUCCGUCACGGCCUUCGCGGGGCUCUGGUUCCUCAACGGCCUGGCCCAGGGGCUGGGCUGGCCGCCCUGCGGGAAGAUCCUGCGCAAGUGGUUUGAGCCGUCGCAGUUCGGGACGUGGUGGUCAAUCCUGUCUACAAGCAUGAACUUGGCCGGAGGCUUAGGCCCCAUUGUCGCUGCUCUCGCAUCUCAGAACUACGACUGGCGUGCGACUCUGGCGUGCUCCGGCUUCAUCUGCGUGGGUGUCUCUUUUGUUUGCCUUGUCCUCAUUAAAAACGAGCCCUCAGAUGUGGGGCUGCCCAACAUUGACCAAGGAGCCAAGAAAGGGAAGAAAGGUUCCUCCAGUGACAACAGCACUUUGACAGAGCUGCUGCUCUCGCCGUACCUCUGGGUGCUCUCAACAGGCUACCUGGUCGUUUUUGGAGUGAAAACGUGCUGUACCGACUGGGGACAGCUCUUCCUGAUCCAGGAGAGGGGACAAUCCAUGCUUGUGGGUAGUUCCUACAUGAGUGCCUUGGAGAUCGGGGGUCUGGUGGGAAGCAUUGCUGCUGGAUAUCUUUCUGACAGAGCAGUAGCAAGAGUGGGUCUGUCGAGCUACGGGAACCCUCGACACGCGCUGCUGCUUUCCAUGAUGGCUGGGAUGUGCGUGUCCAUGUUCCUCUUCCGAGUCACAGUCACCAGCGAGUCUCCCAAGCUGUGGAUCCUGACCCUGGGAGCUGUGUUCGGGUUCUCCUCGUACGGGCCCAUCGCCCUGUUUGGGGUUAUCGCCAACGAAAGUGCCCCUGCCAACCUGUGUGGCACCUCCCAUGCCAUAGUGGCCCUCAUGGCCAAUGUUGGGGGGUUUCUGGCUGGACUACCCUUCAGUACCAUUGCCAAGCACUACAGCUGGGCCACAGCCUUCUGGGUAGCCGAAGUCACCUGCACUGGCAGCACAGUGGCUUUCUUCUUACUGCGCAACAUCCGCACCAAGAUGGGCCGGAUUCCCAGGAAGGCUGACUGAGGAGAAGCUGCUCGGUGAAAAGGAGCCUCUCUCACCAACGGGAAUGAUGCUCGGAUUUUUGUUUAACUGGAGUGAGUUUACUUACUGCUGCAAUCUAGAUUAAAAUAUCUCAAUUUCUCAUUCAGUGUCAGGUGCCAGAGGUCACAGGGUUCUUGCUGCUGAUCACUUUUUCCCUCGAGGUGUGAUAAUUCAGGUAGUUUACACAGGCAAUGAUUUUGCUGCACCUCCUCACAGUACUGCUGGGGAAGCACGCAGGCUUUGCAGCCUGAGCUCCUCUGCUAAAAGGACUCUGAAAUGACUGGCUUCAUGUGCUGUUACACUGAGUUUUGUCCUUGCUGUUUUUCUCAGCCAUUAACUUUUUGAUUCUGCUUCCCUCUCAGCCCUGGAACAGCAACAGCAGUGAAUGGUGAUGAUUAGAGCUGGGCCUCAUGGCUGUUUUGAUAGCAGUGUGGCUUUAGCUUGACCCAGGAUUAGUUGUUAGGAGAGAUGAUGGUGUUUUGCUCUGGAGAAGUGGAACGCUGCUGCGGUGCUGCUGCGGGGCUCUUGCAGCACCUGGAAACAGGCACAUUUCCAGGAAACCCUUGGCACUUUAGGGGAGAGCAUUUAGAGAAGCUCCUUCUAUUGAGCUGAUCCUCCCAGGCGCAAUUUCUGUGUAGCAUUAAUGAUUUGCAAGGGAGGCAGCUGCUGCCAUGGCAAUGUGCAGCCAACGCUCUGCCAGUCAGCCUGGAAAACCCACACAGCAGCAGGUAUUGUGACAGCAGCUGCAGGGUGUUUCCAGGUCUCUAGAAAACCACCUAUUUUUAGUGUUGGCUUGUGUUCUGUCAGUACAUGGAGUGUAGUCUAGGGUGGUUUUGUCAAGAGCUGCAUCUCUCAUAGCUGUGGGCAUGGGCUUUGGCUACUUCUGAGGCAGCCUUAGCAGAGCCACCACUGGCAGCCUGCAGCAGUUGGGCCCAGCACUGUUUGCGAUGAAUACUCAGGUUUUUAACCAGGAUUUAGUUGAAUAUUCCUGGCUUUCCCCAAAAGGAUUUACUGCUUCAGGGCUCUGGAAGAGGCAGUUCUUGUGCAGAACUUGCACGCAGGUACUGCGCUGAACGGCAUGGUUGCAAGAGUAGGUAGCCAGCCUUAAUUAAAACAGUGGAAGUGAAUUACAUUUUGUACUUAAUUCUGUGAUCUUCUACGUGAAAUAAAAAUGGAGCAGUGUCACAAGA